AAAAAAUUAUGCAAAAAUUAUAAAAUAUAUAUAUAUAUAGCAACAAUAAGGUAGUGAAAUAUUAUCGUUUGUGCGGCAUUUUCCAUUGUUUUCUCUAAAUCGCUUUCGUUGUUCGUAUAUAGGUGUAUAUGUAUGUAUGCGUAUGUAUAUGUAUGUGCGGCUGUGAAACGGCAUUAAAAAAUAUAAAAAUAGCAAUAGAAAGUUAUUAAAGCGAUUUGCAAAAAAGAAAUAUAAAAAAUCAGCAAAGUGCAAAAUCAAGCGAAAAUACAUACAUACAUAUUUUUUAUAUACACAUCAAAACCAAAAAAAAGAGGCAUUCAAGAAAAAUAGUUAAAGCUCCGACUUUGUACUCGCUCUCUUGCUCUCGCUCUCCCGCUCUGUCGCUCUCCGUCUACGACCAGGGGCGCACUUGAAAAGGUCGCAAAAGUUUGUAAACAGCAGAAAGCUUUCUGCAACUGUGUGCGUGUGCUAUUGCGAGAGUGUAUCAUUGUAUCUGUGUCUCUGCCUGUGUGCAUAGAAAAGUGAAGAAACAGCGGCAAAAAGCAAACGCCGUCAACGUCGUCAUUCUCAUUCACAUUCUCCUUAUCCAGCAGCAGCAGCUGUCAAACACAAAACAAAGCUUACCAGUGGGUUAAUCAGCUCAACACUUUAGAGUACGGACAGCGUGUUCCAACUGCUGCCUCACCGAGCAAUACGAACUCCAGCAGCUCAUCAAAUACGGGCUCCCAAAGUGGCACACUGAGCACUAGUCUGAGCAACACCAUAAACACAAACACCACAAUGGGUCCCAACGGUACGGUACAGAAUCAAAAUCAGCAGGGCGGUGAGCAAUUGUCAAAAACGAACCUCUAUAUUCGCGGACUUCAACAAGGGACAACCGAUAAGGAUUUAGUUAAUAUGUGUGCACAAUAUGGAACAAUAAUAUCAACCAAGGCUAUUUUAGAUAAAACAACAAACAAAUGUAAAGGUUACGGCUUCGUCGACUUCGAGCAGCCAGCGUACGCUGAGGGAGCCGUUAAGGGACUGCAGGCGAAGGGCGUUCAAGCUCAGAUGGCCAAAGUGGGUAUCUGGGUGCUUCAUAGGCCGGCCAUUCAACAGGAACAGGAUCCCACAAAUUUGUAUAUAGCAAAUUUGCCGCCACACUUUAAGGAAACUGAUCUGGAGGCAAUGCUAGCUAAAUAUGGUCAAGUGGUUUCCACCAGAAUAUUGCGAGAUCAGCAGAUGAACUCAAAGGGUGUUGGAUUUGCACGGAUGGAAAGCCGUGAGAAAUGUGAACAAAUUAUUCAAAUAUUCAACGGUAAUACAAUACCAGGUGCCAAAGAUCCGCUAUUGGUGAAAUUCGCCGAUGGUGGUCCCAAAAAGAAGAAUCUCUUUAAAACACCUGAUCCAAAUGCGCGGGCGUGGCGCGAAGUCUCCGCCGAGGGUAUACCCGUUACCUAUGAUCCGAGCAUGCAACAAAAUGGUGUCAGCGUCAACGUUGGAACACCCAUAGGAAUGCCAUAUUCUCGCUUUGGGGCACCCCAAGUCGGUGGGUAUCCAGUGGCUGGAUCGCAGUGGAUACCCGGCUAUAUGAUGACACAACCGAUCACUCAGGUAGAUGAUCAGUAUUCCUCAUCUGCUCUGCAGUAUAUGCAAAUGGCAGCCGCUCCACAAUUGGGUGUCACAUCAUAUAAACCGGAUGCUGUUAAUCAGGUGCAGCCACGCGGCAUCUCGAUGAUGGUUAGUGGCGAAACGGCUGUGCCUUAUGGAACAAUGAUGCCGCAGUUGGCCACACUGCAGAUUGGCAACUCUAACUUUUCUCCAUCGUUACAGUAUAUUAGUCCAACUUAUCCAUAUUACGCACCACCAACUAUUAUACCAACAAUGCCAAUGACAGAUUCCGAACAGGCUAGCACAGCUGCAUCACCCGACGAGGCAUACACACAGUAUGCACAUCAAGCCGCUCCCAAAUAGAUCUUUGCGAGUAUAGUUACUAAGCAGCCUAAAUACUGGUAAUACAUACUAGGUAUUAUAUUUUAGUACUCUAUUUGAGUACUUUGUUAUGCAAUCGCUGGAAUCACAAUGAAAGAAAACAACAACAACAAGAAGAAAAGCAGACAGGAUUCAGGUUGAUAAAAAAAAUAAAGACAAGAACAACAACAGUCAAAAGAAAUGGUGCUGUUUAGUAAAAAUAUUGUUUACAAAUUUGGAAAGAGAGAAACAGAGCCAGAGUUAUUUAUAGUGAAAAAGUAAAAGCAAAGAUAAGAAAAAUAAUGAUUGUACAUGAGAGCAGGAGCGUAAACAAGUAAAGAAAAGCAAAGACUAAAAUUAAAUAAUACAAUAUAGGUUUAAUAAAACGUAAAUAAAAAGGCUUAACAGCAGUAGAAUGAAUAAAACUUGAAACAAACAACUUUUCAAUUGAAUGAACGAAAACACUAGAAUAUAUCGAGCCCUAUUUGCAUAAAUAAUAUCUCCGUAAAUAUAUAAAAUUAAAUUUUAAUAUUUUUGCUGCAGAUGCGGUUGAUAAUUAUGAACACAUUUGUAUCAACAAAACAAUUUUCGGAAAAAUGGCGCUUACGUUAUAUAUGCAAAUAGGGCUCGAUAUGUGUUACCGUGUAAUUCAGAAAUCAAACCUUACAACAGUUUCUACAGAAGGCACAUGUGAAUCAAUGUAGCAACACACCAACCAAAAAUUUGCUUGUUUGACCGAAAAUCCAUAAUGUGUGCAAUGUAUGUUAUAAUUAACAAAACACAAGCAAAUAAAAAAAAAAAUUUAAUUUAGAAAAAAAAGAAAAUAUUAAUGAAAUUGAAAUGCAAACAAACUGCAAAGUUAAGCAGAUGAGAUGUAGUUUACUUUUACACAAUGGCAACAUUAUUGUUAUUGUCUAUGUCGUCUAUAAAAAAAAAAGAAUUAUAAUUCGGUAAUUUAUGUAUUUUAAUUUGUAUUAUUUAUAUUUGCAAGCGAAAUUGUUGUUGAAAUGAAACAUAAGGUGUGAGUUCAUAGUUUAUAAGGUUCUAAGCUAAUUGCAAGCACAACAGAUUAAUGAAAAUAGGGAAAGGGUGUUGAGAUCAACAAAGAGAUAUGCAUUUUUCUUUAAUUUUCAUCAAAUUGUAUAAACGAAUUGUCAACCCCAAACGGAUGUUAUAAUUAAAAUAAUUUGUUAUUUACGAACGUUCCACUUAUUUGAAAUUUUUGCGUUGUACUUUUUGGAACUUGAUAAGAAGCAGAAAUAAAAAUAAAAAUGUAAUUAAGAAACCAUCCCCGAAGAGGAGGAAAACUAGGUUUAAGUACUAGCAAACUGCAGUAAACAGUAAAUAUAGUAGUUAUAGAGUUAAAUAAAAAAAUGAUCAACAAGUUUGUGAAUAAUAAAAUCCGAUGAAAAUGUGAACGACAAAAUAGGACGGAAAAAACAAAUCUUGUACUAAUUUUUAGCAUAUUUUUGCGCUCAUCAGUCGAUUUAAUGAAUUUUUUGUAGCUGUCUACAGUUUUUACGUUUAACUGUAUGUGUUUUUGUAGGAAGUAAAUAAAGAAAAACAUAUAUUUAAAUAAGAAAAACAAAAAUAGGAAAUUAAGAUGAAAAGCAUAGUGUAUUUUCUCUGCAAACUGUUGUUUAGCGAAGAAGCGAGAAUGAUUAUUGAAAAUAAUGUUGUUGAGCGACGAGAUACGAAAAGAGAUUGAAAGGGACAUGAAGAACUGAAGCCAAACAAUGAGGCAUACACGGGAAAAUGAACAAAUACGAAAAACGAAAACAAGAAAGGUAAAUAAAUAAAGCAUUCUAGUUUCAAAUCGUAGUUAACUCCUCAGAGGAAAAGGAUGCAAAAUGUUUUUUAAUAAGAAAGAAAAGAUUCAACAACAAGUAAUAGAAGACGGCACAGCAGUAGCAGAAAUAAAAGCAAAAUGAAAAAUAUAAUGUUAAAAAAUUAAAAAGAAUCAUAUGAUUAGAAAUCUAGAAACUAGAAAACAACAAAAAAAAACAUAAAAAACGAGAAAUGCAGCGAUUUUUUCCCAAGUCUCUAAUAAAAAGUCUUUAGUAUUUAAUAAAUCAAUGGACAAAAAGAGACAGGCAGCACAGAGUUAAAAAUUACAGCCUAUCAUUUUUUAUUUAUUUUUUUUUUAACAAAGUUCAAAUUUCACACAGACCGUAUUUGUGAUUUUAUUGAAUGGAAUAUUGAUGGACACUAAGUGGGCAUGAGAAUUUCAGGGAAUGAGAGGUAGUAGUUUUAAAAUACUAUUAAAUGGGAAAAACACUUUGUUUAAAUUAAAAUCCAACUAGAUCCCAAAUGCUUAGAUCCUCUCGCACUCAUAGUCCACUUACACUCACACAAACAAACAUUCCUGAGCCAAGUCUUUGAUUUUUAUGAUAUCUUCGAGUCUAUAUAAUUGGCAUUAAUGGAUUUGUAUUUUAAUAACAGUUUCAAACAAUCUAUAAAUAACAUAAAUACCAAAAGAAAACACAACGCCAAAAGUCUUCCUAAACCAAAACAUAAGUGAAAUGUUUGUUUUCUUAUCAAUAUUAUAAAAAAGAAAACAAAACUAACAAGCUAAAGGCAUGAAAAGAAAACGCUUUUUUCGUUAUCAUGAUUUAAAUAUGUUUCCCUUUUUUUUAUAAUUUAUUUUGCUUUAGACUAAUUAGCAAUUGACACAACAAAAAAUAUCAAAGAGAACAAAUCCCAGAAUUGAUAACCACAUACAUAACUCACUUUACUCCUACUAAAAUGUAUAUGACUCUCUAAGUUGAAGCUUAAACCACGCAAGAACUAAAAAGAAAUAAAGCAAUGAAUUUGAAAACAUUCCAAGCGAAAAAAAUAAUAAUUUAAGAUAUUGCGGAAAAGAGUUCAAAACCGAUAAAAUGCCGAAAAAUCACAAAUACGUCAACAAUUUGAAAAAGGUGUUAUUUGUAGCCCUCAUUCUAUACUCUGUAUCUCGAUAUAAAGUGCAAUUUAUAAUUUUUUUGUUUCUAUUUAUUUGAAUUUUUUUUGUAUUUGCGUUUAGCAAAAACAUAAUACAUAUAAGAAACAUUUUUGAACUGUUUUAUGCAGAAAAUCCUUAGAAUUUAAGUUAAGGACAAGUAGAAAACGUUAAAUCUUAACUGCAAGUGUUUAGCAACCUUAGUUUUAAGGAAAGAACGAAGCAUACUAGGCCCCCGAUGAAUAACACACACAUGUUGUUGAUGAGUAUAAGAAA